AUGGUCUCUGCCACGUCAGGAGGUCUUAGCAGCAGUCAUCGCAUCGAGGAACUAAUGCCACGCAACCGAAUGCAGAGUCCCUCGCUGAGCCUGUCUGGGUCUGCCUAUGGAACCACACCUGUGUUUACAAAGGGUCUACAAAACAUAAGAGCCACCAAGGGUCAGCUGGUGGUGUUUGAGUGUCGUGUUCACUCCACUCCCACCCUGCAGGUUCACUGGUACAGGGAAUACGAUCAGAUCCUGGAUUCUGCCGACUUCCGAACCCUGAGGAAAAAGGCUUGCUCAUCAGCAGUUCCUGAGGAAGUCUGCACCCUGGUUAUUACAGAAGCUUUCCCAGAAGACUCUGGAAUAUUUAAAUGUGUUGCUGAAAAUGAAUUUGGGUCUGCAGCAUCCAGUGCACAUCUCUCUGUUUCCCCAGGAGCUAAAGAGCUGGAAAGCUUUGGAGGUGCUGCCCCCAGGCCAGCCGUGCAGGUCACCAUGAAGAAACCCACCUUCCCCAGGAGCAGCCAAGCAGGAGCCAAGGAGCGUGGGGCAGCUGCUCUGCCAUCCUACAGCCCAGAGAGCCCCGGGCUGGGCACCCGAGCUGCAGCCUCCAGCUUUGGCCAGAAGAGCUCCAAGAGCCAAGCUGAAGAUUUCCAUGGAUCUUAUGAGAACUCACCUCGGGCUUCACCUCUGCGGUAA